AUGUUGGACUUCGCUUUCUUCUAUUAUUUGGUAAUUACUACUCUCUCUUCCCUUCUAAACUCAUUUAUAAUUAUCGCUAGCGUCAGCAAGUCUAUCAGAGGCGAGUUCAAAUGGAUUUUCUUCGCUAGUUCAAUUACAAACAUCUUGCUAUCUCUCACACAGUGCAUCUUGAUGCCAACAGUAGUCAAAUGGCCAUCGAGCAACGAAUUCAACUUGAUUCUAACAUCAAAUCCUCUCGUUGCUCUGUUUUCUGACAAUACAGAAGAAUCACGUGCAAAAAAGAGUUCAUUCUGUUCGAUUCUUUACCAUGUUUUUUAUUUUCGUCAAAUCGAAGCGAGCGUUCUGUCAAUCUGCCUGGUUCCUCUAAAUCGAGCUUUUGCCGUAUGUUGGAAGCAUGCUGCUCCCAGCAAUGCUAAAACUUGGAUACCUAUAUCUAUGAUACCAAACAUCGUACCUUUCAUAGUAUAUUUUCUCACACGACCAUUGACAUCUACAAAUCUUAAAGAUCUUAAUGCGUUUUCAGAAGAAGCUCUAAUAAGAUUGUAUGAAAAAACGGAACCAACUCAAUUUUGUUCCCUGGUAAGCAAUUAUAGGAAGCUUGGAGAUGUAGCUGAAACAGUUUUUCUGAUUCUCUGUCCGAUUCUAUCCUAUCCCAUUGCCAUUUACUGUGUGAUCAAACUCUUCAUUUUUCUCCGAACAAGGAAAGGAAACGUCAGAAACAAUGUUUCUUCCCAAGUUAUUCAACGGCAAAAAGGAAUUCUGAUGACCAUUAUAAUUCAGGCCAUAGCUCCGUUGAUCAUAUAUUUACCUCUUUUUCUCUCUGUGCUUAUUGUUGAUAACUCUUGGGGCAUUCAGCAACAUAGUGAAAUGGAUUGGUAUGGGAUGAGUGCGAUUCAUUUCACCAUUAGUUGGAGUCCUUGCAUUGAUGCUUUAGCCACAAUUAUAUUUAUAAAGCCAUACCGAAGAGCUUUCAUUGACUACUUCAGCCCGACUACGACGGUUGUUGCAGGGAUGAUACACGUGGAGCAUCCUCAAAAUCGCCGAGUUAGCGACGUUGCAUUAAGUAGUUGUCACAAAUCAGUAAUUCCGCCAAAUUCCAAACUAAACGCAAGUGUCAUUUUCGAUGGUCCGGAUGCAAUGGAACCAUCCGACAGUCAGUUAAAAGAAACAACUCUCUAG